UUUGUUCAAACUUUUAUUCAACUAUCUGGAAAGAAAACACGAUGUUUUGAAGUAUGAAAGGAUUACUGCUGCUAUACCAGAGGCUACGAAUAUUAAUGGGCAAAUCUAGUAAUCACACGGUCUUCUAAAGAAGUCAUGGGUAGCUGUUGUAGCUGUCCUGAUAAAGAAGCAGUCCCUGAUAACCAUCGGAACAAAUUUAAGGUUAUUAAUGUGGAUGAUGAUGGUAAUGAAUUGGGUUCUGGUAUAAUGGAACUUACAGAUACAGAAUUAAUCUUGUAUACCCGUAAACGGGAUUCUGUCAAGUGGCACUACCUCUGUCUGCGCCGUUAUGGCUAUGAUUCCAAUCUUUUCUCAUUUGAAAGUGGUCGAAGAUGUCAAACUGGACCAGGGAUAUUUGCCUUCAAGUGUGCUCGUGCAGAGGAACUGUUUAAUAUGCUGCAGGAAAUCAUGCAGAACAAUAGUAUAAAUGUAGUAGAAGAACCAGUUGUAGAAAGGAAUCUACAUCAAACAGAGAUUGAGGUUCCAAGAACACCUCUCACACCUACCACACCUGGAUUGAGUGGGCAGAAUUUACCUAAUGGGUACCCAAGGUAUCCCUCCUAUGGAGAUGCUUCAUCACAUCCUUCCAGCCGACACCCUUCAGUAGGAAGUGCACGUCUUCCUUCAGUAGGUGAAGAGUCCACACACCCCUUACUUGUAGCAGAAGAACAAGUCCAUACAUAUGUGAAUACAACGGGCGUACAGGAAGAAAGAAAAAGCAAACCAACUGCACGCACACCUCUGGAACAAAAGGUUCCCAAUGCAGAAACAAACAAGGCAAGAGAAGAAGAGGCUUGCUGUGAUAACAGGGAUGCACAGGUUGUACUGGAACCUCAAGGAGUCAAAUUUGUUUUGGGCCCUACUCCUGUCCAGCGACAAUUAAUGGAAAAGGAAAAACUGGAAUCAAGUGGGAACUGUACUCAAAUUAGUGGCAACAAUACUGAAACAAAUGGUAGCAAUACUCAAGCUAGUGGAAAUAGUAACCAUGAAUGGGAUACUGGAUAUGACAGUGAUGAACGCAAAGAAGUGUCUUCUGGUAAUAAACUAACGUAUGAAAAUGUAAAUAGAUUGUCUAUCCCUAAUGCUCCAGGGCACAGGAGGGGUCGUCUAGUGUCAUCCAGUACUUCUGAUACUCAAAACAUCAAUAAUUCAGCUCAAAGGAGAACUGCACUGUUAAAUUAUGAAAAUCUUCCUUCUUUGCCUCCAGUUUGGGAAGCUCAUAAGCUAAGUAAAGAGGAGGAUGACAGUUUAGGACCAAAGACUCCCUCUUUGAAUGGCUAUCAUAAUAACUUAGAUCCCAUGCAUAAUUAUGUCAAUACAGAGAAUGUAACAGUACCAUCAAGUGCUCACAAAGUCGAAUAUGCAAGACGUCGGGACUGUACCCCUACGGUCUUCAAUUUUGAUAUUAGGCGACCAAGUUCAGAACACAGGCAACUCAAUUAUAUACAAGUUGAUUUGGAAGCUGGCAGUGACUCUGAUAACCCACAGACUCCCAAAACUCCUACUACUCCACUUCCUCCAACACCAACCAGGCGCACCGAGCUAUAUGCUGUGAUAGAUAUCGAAAGAACUGCUGCUAUGUCAAACUUGCAAAAAGCACUGCCACGAGACGACGGUACUUCUAGAAAAACUAGGCAUAACAGUACUGACCUGCCUAUGUGAGCUUGGAAAGCAGUAGUGAAAUCAUUUGCACCUUUGUGAAGAAUUGUUUUAAUUGGAUGAGUGCUGUUUUAUUUUUGAAUGCUAUCACCUUUCAUAGGUUAAUAGAUUUUUCUGAAUACUUCAUUUGCUUGCUUAAAGGGAAUUUAAGGUAGAAAAAGUAUUAAAUAACAUUAUCAUUUUAUAAUUAUAGAAACAGCUUUUAAAUAUUUUUGCCAUUUUUAUAGUGCCUAUUUUAUUAUCUGAAAGUUAUAGUAGCCAAUUAUAAUAAAUUGGCCAUGUGCCUAAAAUCACUGUCAAGGCAUUAUGACACUCCUAUGCUGCCUGAAACUUGCAUUAUUUUCAAAUCAGUAGAAUCUCUCAUAGUACAUGAAUAGACUCACAGAUUCCAGUUGAAUUUAUGUGUGGUAUAAAUGAGAAAGAUUUUAGUCAAUGUCAGUUGUAAAAUCAUGGUACGGUUUUCUUUCAGAGUGCUGGGUUUUUGAGAAAGGACUGACAGGCAGCUGUUACCCUCCAAACCUCUUCUAAUAGGAGCAGCUUUCUAUAGUAAAUCCUUUUAUUAAAUCUACUAAAGCCAAUUUUAGUACUGAGGAGAAUGCCAUUUAAUGGCUGAUUUGGGAGAGAGGGAAAAUGGAUGAAAUUGUCAUCUUCAUUAAGAUUUCAUUCAGAUGUCAUGUAGCUCAUGGAAUUGGUUUAAAAUUACCCAUGAUCUUUAGAUGCACUUUAAAUUCACUAACCAUAAGUCCAACAACUAGUAAUUUAAAACAUGCUCUGGUACUAUUUUAUUAAAAAGUUUGUUUUGCAGUUCUAGAAUUUGUUUUUUCUUUCUCAAGUUAAUAACAACAGGUAAAUAAUAUGAAGAAGGUACAUCAUUUAUCAGGAAAAUGACAUGCACCUAAAUAAUUUCAAACCUUUUGCCAAGUGAAGAUGGAUAUUGUUAAAGGAGUACUAUGCUUUAUGGGCUAAGGGCUAUAAAUUGUAUAUAUAGGACAUAAAGGAUGAUAUUGCAUUUAUCUACAGUGCAACUUUUCUAGCUCUUUUUUCUUUGUGUAGCUCUAUUACUUUCUCUAAAACUGCUUUUGAGACCUUCAAAGACCUACGAAGGCCUCCUGGAACAAAUAUUCCAUGCACUCUGACAGGAUGCAAGCAGAAGUAAAAAAUCAGGUCUCCUCCUAAUCCAUUCAAAAGUACCACUAAUGCACAGGUCUCUUUAGUUUGUGAUUUCCGUGUUAGUUAUUUUUUUAAAUACACCAACUUGAGUUUAGAAUUCACCUGCCGCUAUUGUUGUAUGAGAUACAGCAUUAAUUUUUUUCCAUCAGAUUUCUUCCAUCAAAGAAUUUAAAAUUUGUCUUGCUUUAGAUAGCUCUUUUUAUACUUUUAUACAGAUAUUCACACUCUAAAUAUUUUUAAUAUAAUUCACAAUCAUGUAUCUACAGUGGGUUCUUUUUACCUUUUACUUUUGAAAAUCUUCUUUUACUUCCCUCUUUUCAGUUGUAUCAGUAGCUUAACUCUGUAUGUAAUUUGUGUUCAGCAUAUUUUCUGUGUUUCAUCUUGUUCAGUGUUUUUCAUGUGUAUUGGAAAGGCCCAUUUGUAAUAUUGUCAAUUAAGAGAAAGCUGACUUUCACAAUUUAAGGAUGCAUUAUGUUCAUUUCAGAGCAUUGUUAUUUUUACAGAGGCAUGAUGUAAUAUGUUUUCAUAUUUAGUUUAACCCAGAAAAAAGGAAUUGCAAACCAAAGUAUCAAAGUUAGAAUGAUGGAUUUAAUACAUUGUAUGACUUACUUAUAAAAGCCAGUAACAUGGUUUAGUUCUAUGAAUAAUGAGCUUGUGGCCCAAAAAUCCUUUCAGUUUUGUUAUAAGCUACUCUUUUCUAUAAACUGACUUAAUCUUAAGUCAGUUUUACUGAAAGUAAAAAUGGAAUGCCUACUGAAUGUAAUCUCUUAAAUUAAUACUCAUAACUCCUUAAUAGAUACUUGAUAGCUUAAUUACUCCUGAAUACUUCCUAUACAUUUACCAUUGCUGAGUUUUACCUUUCAAUCUAUUUUUGACUCUGUCGAAUUCCCAGUUAGAAGUCUCUAUGUAUACAGUGCUGUGCAAAGUUUAUAACAGUAUGAAGCAGUUUCUAUCUACAAUUUAAAAAAAGUAAAACCUGUUUUAAGCAGCUAUAAAGUUUAUACAGAUAGUCCACAAUUUACAACAACAAUUGGUACUGGAAUUUUGGUUGUAAGCCAAGGCUCUAUGUGACCUGAUUUUUUUUACAGUUGUUAGGGUUAGGGUUACAGUGGUUGUUAAACAAAUCACAUGGUCAUAAAUCCACUUUCCCAAAUUGACAUUUUUUUGCCGAAAACCAGCAAAAAAUGUUGCAGUUCAUGCUCAUGGGUCACUGCAAGCAGUUUUAAAUGUGAGCUUGGGGGAGCACAUAUUAUGGUGGCCAGAAGUGAUUUAUGAACCAUUAAAGCACUCUGAGGCCAUCAUAACUGAAUGGUUGCUAAAUGACUGGUUGUAAGUGGAGAACUCUCUGAAGAGAGGUUGCCAUUCUAAUGCAUUUUGAGAAUGUAGAAAAAAAAGUAGUUUAGCUAGUGUGGUUUCCUAGGGGAAAGAAAAACAAAACAAAGCCAAACAUUAUGAGGAAAUUCCAGUAUAGAGGAUGCUUAUUUCCUCAUUGGACUUAAAAAGCAUGAAAUGUAUAGAUCAGCACAUAAUGAUAGUGCUUCAUAUAUUUAAAAAAAUUGAAAAUUGCAUUUUUAUUUGAAUGGUAAUUCAAAUCUGGCCAGUGUUAUUGCAUAAUACAUUUUGUCUAAAGCUGCAAUCCUUCAUCUACUUACUUGGGGCUAAAUCCUAUUAAAGUCUAUUUUCAUUUACUUCUCAAUAGGCAUCCAUACAUUUGUACCAUAAGGUACUGAUUUUUUCAACAGGUAAGAAAAUGGGGUAAAAUUGGAAAGAUCAGUAUAGUAAUAAGUAAGAUUUUGUUAUUUGAAUUUAAAACAAUAUGUAGACCUUAGUAUAAUCAUGCAGAAAUUAGAGGAAUUCAUAUUUUCAGAUGAAGCUCUGAAAGUAAAUAUUCAUGUUAUGUAGCAGUGGAAGUAUAUUUGGAUACUAAACAUAAUGAUGUACUAUUUUUUACACAAAAUAUUGGACACUUAACUAGAGUUUAAUACCUGUUGAUUCUAGGUAAUUGUUUCUGACUAAAGAGGACUAGAUUUUUAGCCCCUAGAUUUUUAGUAAAAUAAUUAUUCCCAAAUUACAUUUAUCUCACAUGGUGAUAAUACAUUUAUCAGAUUAUGAGCUUUCAGGUGGUGUCUCCACCCUUCAAAAGGACCAAAUUCUUCAAUCAAUAUAAUUAUUUGUUUUGGAAAGUAUUUAGUAUUCCAGAUUUGGAGCAAUAGCAACACUGCUAACACUUAGUAAUUUAGAACAUUACAUCUAAAAUACAUGCAUCAGUACGAGUUCAGAUUACAACAAUGAAACCUUUGGAAACAUAAGAACAGUAUUCGAUCAGACCAAAGGGCAAUUUCUAUGUGGCCAACCAGAUUUAUCUGGGGAGUUCACAGCAAUGUUUGAGUGCAGUGGCAUUGUCACUCUUACAGAAACUACCAUUCUGAAGCAUGCUGGCUCCAAUUCCAGAAGAGAGUGUGUGUUUGUGUAUAUAUACAGAGAAGGGGAGUUCUCUUUGCUAAAGUUCCUAUUCUGUUGUAAUUUCAUUUUUAUUUCAUUAGAAUGCUUAUGGUGACAAAUUGCCUGAAAGGUAUUCCAAUUAUAGUGUGUAAGAAUAUAAUCAGAUAUUCAACUAGAACUCUGUCUUGGAAAAAUUGAUGUUUCCUUUAUGAUGACAUUUUAAUAUUCUAUCUGGCAAGCAUUUCGGUUUUGUUGUCAAUAAAUUUAAGAAUAUUCUCUAUAAGGAACAUUAACCCCAAAAAGUCAAAAUAAUAUACGAGUUCAUCUCAGUUUAAUCUACAGUAUUGCAAUUAACUGGAACUAUGAUAGAACCACAUGCCUUAAAUAGUUUUUCUUCAGACUGGUGCCAAAUGUGCUGUGUUACAAUGGUCUGAUUUCUAAGGCAACAUAUUGGCUGAAAAUUAGAGGCACCGCAUUUGCAAAACACUUGAAGAGACCAGGCUGUAGAAAAAGUUCAAGUUCCAAAAUUCUCAAAAUACAAUAGGAAAGCUAAUGUAACCAGAAAAAGUAAGAUUUCAAUAUGACGAGCUGUAUUUAAUUCUGUUUCUCUAUUUUUCAUAUAUUCUGUACCUAAAACAUCUAAGUAUGUUGGAAAGUAAUUGCGAUAGUUAUUUCUUUUCUCUAUAGUUUUAUGUUUCCAGUGAUUGGCAGUACAUCUCAUUAGCUGCUGUCAGCUGAUGACAUUUUCCUGGAUAGAGUCCAUUAUGGUAAAUUCAAAAUCGCAAAUUUCUAAAUGCUUUUCUUUUCAUCAGUACUAAUAUUUGUAUUGAACUUGCACAGUGCUUAUCAGGACAGCACUGAAAAUAAACAUUUAGGGGAAUUAACAGGCAUAGUAAUGAAAUUUAAAAUAAAAAUACAGUGCCUUUAGUAACGCUGAUAAUCUAUUUUUUGUAACCUCGUGAUAAUUUAGCCUGAAUUUCAAUAUUGUAGAAAGGUGCAAGAAAUGAGAUAAAAUUGCUACACUUGAACCCUUUUACUGUGAUAGUUUUGUACUGAAAAGCCUAAGGGAAGGUGUAAAACUUUGCCCCCCCCCCAAAAAAAAGUGCCAUCAGAGCUAGAAGAGCCUGUCCACUGCUAUUCUGAACAUUAUAUUUAGUAAAACCAUAAUUCUGUCCAUUUUUCUGUGCCAUAUUUCUACAUCAAGACUAUAAACAUAACAUUUGCCAAAUUAUAUUAUGUCAAGCAAAUUUUCAUAUGUCCUUUUUCCAUAUUACCUAAGUACUUGAAGGCUAGAUACAUAGAUCACACACAAAAUGUACGUCCAUUACAAGAGAGUCUAUUUAGCCUACCAGAGCUUCAAAGAUUGUAGUAGGCAUUUAAAACACAUCUCAGCUAUUUCAACUACCAGAUUCCUUUUUUUCAUAGGAAAAUCAGUUUGGAAGACCGGUGGUGCUUUUAGACACAUGAACACGGCCAUGAUUACAUGUUGAGAUGAUCAGCUUCAUAAGUUCAACUAAAAGCUGCUCUACUAAAGCAUGAUAGAAAGCAAAAUUGUCUCUUUGAACUUCUAAUAAUUUACAUAUUGAAUUAUUUCUAUAUAGAAGAAAUAUGUGGAGGCUUCUCUAAUUGUUAGUAUCAGUUGAAGCAGAUGAGAUGCAGUUUCAAGAUAGUCAAAAUUGUCUUUAUAUGGUUUAUUCUAAAGUGAUUCUGCUAUGACAAUGUGCAGUUGCAUGCUAAAAUGAUCUAGUCAUCAUCAUAGGGCUUCCCUUUUUUGUUUCAUUGCACAAAUUCCUACCUUGAGGUAUAAGCUUUUGUUUGCCCUAUGGGUGCCAACAACAACAACCCUGAUGUUUUCUCUGUUGGGUUAAGUUAUCCUUUUCUUUUUUAAUUAUUUACUGAUUUUCAGUGAGUUUUGCACUAUUGCAUCUAUCCAUUUAUUAGUCAAAAUUAAAAGGUUUCUAACAGAAGCAACUGAUUUAAAUUUAAAUUAUCCUUACAAAAACGAUUAUCUAGUGAUAUCAUAAACCAGCUAAAUCCGAUUGUUUAUUUAGACUAAAUCUGACUGAGACUAUUUUUUUCUUCUUGUUCUUUCAUACACUCCCACCUGUCCCCUCCUGUCAAUUUUUUAAUUGACUAAAAUGUAUUGUUAUACUGCAUUACUGAAGGUAGAAAAUAUAUGGGUGCAUUGCCAUAUAUAUUUUUAAUAAGAAGAGUAUAUUCACUGAAAGUUUGUUAAGUUUUAUUUCUGGCCAGCAAAGACGAUCAAAUAGAACAUUUACUGAAAGGGCAACAGACAUAGUAUUAAGUAGGUCUAAAUUAUACAAGUCUAUUUGGUAGAUGGGAUAAAGAUAAUUUGGCUGAAAUAUAAUUUGUGGCUAUUACGAUUUAUCUCAAUGUACUCAGGAAUAGUACAGUGAAAUGUACUUACUGUAUUAUGUAAAGAAAAUUGGUAAUAGAAUAUAUCAAAGCAAUAUUGCAUGUGAUCCCACUAUAUAAUGAUUUCUUUACUUUUUUUAAAAUUAUCUUGAAUUCUUGUUCUGGAAUCCUGAUGAAAGUUCUUUCCCUUUCCUGCUUGAGAAAUUGUAUCCAUUCUAAAUUUAAAAAAAGUUUAUGGCAAAUGCCUUCCCAUUUAAUUUCAAAAUUAUAAAGUUCUAAAACAUGUGCAUUUAUUAAAAAAUAAACUAAGAGGAAGUUAUGGUGUCCUAAAUUAGA